AUGGCCUCCGAUACUGUCAAGCUGGGGGAUUACCUCUUCACUCGUCUACUUCAGCUCGGUGUCACCGACAUCUUUGGUGUCCCAGGUGACUACAACCUGCGCCUGUUGGACUAUGUUGUCCCCGCCGGCCUGCAUUGGGUGGGAAAUUGUAAUGAGCUCAAUGCUGCGUAUGCGGCCGAUGGCUAUGGUCGUAUCAAGGGCCUGUCAGCUCUCGUCACAACCUUCGGCGUUGGCGAAUUAUCUGCCGCCAAUGGUAUCGCAGGUGCUUAUGGAGAGAGAUCACCUGUCGUUCACAUUGUCGGCACGCCACCUCGCCCACUUCAAAGUACACGGGCGUUGAUGCAUCAUACUUUCUCUGAUGGAGAGUACGGUCGCUUCUCUGCCAUGGCAGUUCAUAUCACUGCGGCUCAGACCAAAGUGACCGAUACAACGACAGCCCCAGACAAAAUCGACUGGAUCCUGCAACAGGCGCUGCACCACCAGCGUCCUGUAUAUAUUGAGAUUCCGGAUGAUAUGCCAGAUCUUCUUGUUUCAUCUGCCAAUCUCAAGUCUUCUACGAUCCGCGUUCAGUCUGCUCUAAGCCCUCCACACGAAUCCAAAGUUAUCAGCCGAAUCUUGGAUCGUCUUUACAGUGCUCAACGCCCAUUCAUCCUCGUGGAUGGCGAGAGCCGCUCACUCGGAAUCUUGGACCAGCUUGAUACCCUUAUUCAAAAGACCAAUUGGCCUACAUGGACCACUGUCUUUGGAAAGGGUCUCGUCAAUGAAUCACACCCGAACGUGUAUGGUCUGUACGCCGCAGCAUUCGGCGACAAGCCAGCUCAAGAGUACUUCGAAGCCGCCGAUUUAAUCUUGACAUUUGGCCCACACUACAGCGAUACGAACAGCUACUUCUGGACGACAGUUCCAAAGGACGCAGUCGCCAUUUCAUUCAAAGACGACACUAUCCAAAUCGAAAGCGACACCUACCGAGACAUGUCCGCCAGCAGCGUCCUAACCCAGAUCCUGCAUGCAUUAGACAACACCCGCACAACUCAAGUCACCGGCCCUCCAAAGGUCGAAGUUACCACAAGCGAUAUCCAAGAUAGCGACAUAAUCGCCCAAAACAACUUCUACCGCCUCGUGAACCCCAUCUUCCGCGAAAACGACAUCGUCCUCGCAGAGACCGGCACAGCCUCCUACGGCGGCCGCCACUGCAAAUUACCCCCCAACUCCCGAUUCUUUACCGCCGUCACCUGGCUUUCAAUCGGAUACAUGCUCCCGGCUACACUUGGCGCAGCCCUUGCAAAGCGAAGCCUAAAUCAAGCAACCGGUGCCUCGAACCAGACGAUUCUAAUCACCGGCGAGGGAAGUCUCCAGAUGACCGCGCAGGAAAUCAGCGUUAUGAUCAAGGAGAAGUUGAAUAUUCUGAUAUUCAUCAUUAAUAAUGAAGGGUACACCAUUGAGCGGGUCAUUCAUGGCCGGAAGCAGGCAUACAAUGAUGUGCCUUUCUGGCGACACACUCAGGCACUGAACUACUUCGGUGCGGACGAGGAUCAGAUCGCAAACAGUGUCUUCACUGCGCGGACCUGCGGUGAGUUACAGGAGGUGCUGAAGAAUGAGCGUGUCCAUAGUGGAACUGGAUUACGGUUGGUUGAAGUUGCAAUGGAGAGGGAAGAUGUGCAGGGUCCCUUGCUCUAUCUGCUGAAUAAGCAAAUUGCCGAGGAGAAAGCCGCAGCAACGAGCUAA